UGUUUCCACACGGCCUUGAAUCAGUCGCAGAAUAGGGAAACAUGUCAAGUAUUGUUUCUUAUUAGAUGGGUGUUAUUUUAUUUAUUAAAACAAUAUAACUCAAUAAACUCUGUAGUGUUAAGUCAGCUUGUCCCUGUUUGUUUGGGUGCCUCGGUAGUGCCUUGUUCGAGUUUGGAGAAUAGCUAGAAAUUUACAGAAAAGCUUUGAUUGAUUAUUUAUAAUGUCUAAAGCUGCUGUUCCUCUCCGAAUUCUUUGUAUUCAUGGUUAUCGACAGAAUGGAAACUCUUUUAGAGAGAAGACAGGGGCUUUACGCAAACUACUAAAGAAACAAGUGGAGCUGGUGUAUAUUAGUGCACCACACCAAGUUCCUGCAAUUCAAAACGAAACCAAUCAGGAACCAGAGAAGUCAGCCAGAAGUGGUGAAGAAGACCAGAGUGGCUGGUGGUUCUCUGAUGUCCAGGCACGAAGUUUUAAUGCUAAACAGGAGUGUGAGAGCAGCCUGGGUCUGGAAGAGAGUAUAGAGGCUGUGAAAACUGCAGUGAAGGAUCUUGGCCCUUUCGAUGGCAUCCUGGGCUUUAGUCAAGGUGCUGCGCUUGUGGCCAUGCUGUGUGCCCUGCAAGAACAAAAACUACAGCCUGAUUUCAAUUUCCGCUUUGCCAUCCUGGUCGCCGGAUUUCGCAGUGCCUGUUCCCAGCAUCAGCGGUUCUACAAAGGACCGGUGAUAACAAUCCCCUCUCUGCAUGUGUUUGGACAGGAUGACCGUGUAAUUCCAGAGGAGAUGAGCCGAGAUCUGCUGCCAGCGUUUGAUGGAGCUCAAAUCCUCUUUCAUCCUGGUGGACACUUUGUUCCGGCGGCAUCCUCGCACAGGCAGACAUACCAAGACUUCCUCAAGAAGUUUCAGUAAGAGGAUAAAAGAAUAUAUGAGGGUUUCUGGAAUAAAUCAGGUGUACAUAAAAUGUACUAAGUGAAUUAUAGCUACAUUAUAAAAGUCUUGGAAAUUGAAAGGUCAAUAAAAGGAUGUUUUACACUGUUCUCAGGGAAAUGGUUACUUGAAUAAAGACUUUCACAAGAA